AUUUACGAAUGAAUGAGCGUGCCUGGUUGUAUAUAUUUUAUUAUAAACAGAAAGUAAGUAAUGAACCUUUCAACGUUUAAUCUCCUAUAAAGCUCAUUUGAUCCACGAGAGACAGACAAUAGCUAGAACAAGAAAAAAAAGAAAAAAAAGAAAAAAAAAGAUGGCUGAAUUCAUCACAGAUACGAAGAACAAGAUUCAAGAACCAGGAAAGGAUCAAGGAUCAAGAUCAAUAGAUGUCCCACCAGAAGAAAACCAAGAACCAGCAAGUGAUGCACCAACAGGAAAUGCACAAGGCCAAGGACCAAUAGUAGUAAUAGGACCAGGAGAUAAUGCAAAAGGCCAAAAACUUGUAAUAAUUGAUGAAUCUGUAGAAAAUUCAAAAGAACAAGAAGAAGAAGAAGAGGAGGACAGUGAUUAUAACCCUGAAGAGAGAUCAAAUUUUUCAAGACCUCCAGGCAAAAGAUCAGCUCCUAAACCUAAGACUGGUUGAAAUAAUUAAUACAAACCUUGGGAAAUUCCAAAUUGUGAUUAUAAUUCCAAGAAACUCAGUUGUUUUGUCGA